GCUCCAUUACGGACCACCACACCCCAGCAGCCGCCCUUCUUUCCGGUCCCCACCGGCCUCUUCGAAUGCGGAGGGCCAACCUGACGUUCAACUGUUACGGCCUCUAUCACUGGACGUUGUCGACCCUGGUGCCUGCCCUGACGGGCACUUUCACCAGCGGCGCCGGGAAGUCCAGCGACUCCGGCAACGGGUCCGCCUUCCCCAUGCUGGCUACCGCCGCGGUGCCUCUGUUGGUCACACAGGAACCGCCGGACACCCUGGUGAGCGAAGACUGGGUGGACGCCUGCUUCUUGCGUCACACGGCACCAUGGGCCGUGGCCUACUGCGUCGCCUACUCGGUCGUGUUCGUCGUGGGCAUCGUGGGCAACUGCUGCGUGCUCAAGGUAGUCAGCCGCAACACGUCCAUGAAAAACUCGGCCUUCCACAUGCUCCUGGUGAACCUGGCCGUCGCAGACCUCAUGGUGAUUGUGUUCUGUCUGCCGGUGACGCUCGUCGGGCAUCUCUUUGGACCAUGGAUCCUGGGUCUGUUUGUGUGCAAGGGUGUGUCCUACCUGCAAGGAGUCUCGGUCUGCGCCUCUGUAAACACCCUGGUUGCAAUCUCAAUAGACAGGUUCUUCGCCAUCUGCCAUCCCAUGAAGCGGCAGAUCACAAUUCGCGUCUGUAGAGUUAUCAUCGCCGUCAUCUGGUCUUUCAGCUUGACCAUCACGCUCCCCUGGACGUUCUUCUUUCGUCUCAUGCCCAUGUUAAGUGAGAGCAACUCCAGCCUCCAGGUGUGCCGCGAAGAUUGGCCCACCGAGCGCAUGGGAAUGCUAUACUUCAUCGUGGCCAACCUUAUACUGUGCUAUCUGUUGCCAUUAUGCGUAAUCACAUUGUGCUACAUCUUCAUCUGGCUCAAGGUUUGGCGCAGACGACCUCCCGGCGAAGCCCACGACUUUGGUGUCGAGAAUAUGAUACAACGCUCCAAGGUCAAGGUGGCCAAGAUGCUACUCGUUGUGGUGAUUGUGUUUGCCAUAUCUUGGCUUCCACUGUACGCCAUUUUCGCCCGUCUAAAGAUUGGAGAACCUCUGGUUGAUGGCAGUGCUGAGCAAGCCGUCAUCGAGGUCGCUGCGCCAGUGGCUCAAUGGCUGGGUGCGUCAAACAGCUGCAUUAAUCCGAUCCUGUACGCUUUCUUCAACAGCAAGUUUAGGAUGGGUUUUAAAGCUAUCUUGCUCAAGUGCUUUUGCCCUAAAAAGUUCAGUUCCAGGCAAGAGAGAUCUUGCAAGAUGUUGUCAAACACAAGGACUUCAAUGACUGCUGGGCGCAGGAAGGACUCAAGAAUGUCCGAUGUGUUUUGA